AUGGCUACGGAGACAGUGAAGAGACAGCGGACAUUCGAGGAGUGCGAUGCCAUCCUCACGGCGCCGGGGAUGCCGUUCGAGAUGGUCGAGAUGGACAUUGGGGGACGGCGCAUGCGCGCGUGGAAGAAUACUCCCCCAUCAUUUCGCGCCUACCUGAUCCCCAAGUUCAAGGAGUUUGCCGACCGCGAGAUAGUUUCGUCGCCCAUCCCAAUGCCGGCCGAGUUUUAUGCGCGCGAACGCCUCACCUACGGCCAAGUCUACGAACUCGCGCUGGAGUACGCCGCGUGGAUGCGUGGGCUGGGUGUGGUGGUGGGCGACCGUGUGGCAGUCGGCGGAAGAAACUCCACUGGGUGGCUUUCGACUUGGCUCGCUGUGCACCUCUUGGGCGCUGUUCCUGUGCUGCUCAAUGAUCUUCUCACCGACGACGCACAGACACACUGCCUCGGCAUUACAACGCCCAAGCUUGUGCUUGUGGACGAGGAGCUCGCAGGCAAGGUCGGGCGUCUCCGUGCCGAGCUGUCUAAGCGCAAUGUCGGAGCUGUUUACUGCUGGUCGAGCGUGGACCACCUCCCCCCUGCCGCGCGUGCCGGUGUCAAGGCGAUCGACACGACCUCGGUGCGCCAGGCGGACAAGGACGCGAUUCACGCCGGCAUGGGGGGUGGGCUUGAGGGGCUGAACCAGUUCUCGGACGGCUGCAUCUUCUUCACGUCCGGCACGACAGGGUACCCGAAGGCGGUCAUCUCGACGCAACGUGGCGGUCUUCACAAUGUCAUCUCGGCGGCCGUUUCCCCCGCGCGCAUGUUCUUGCGGGCAGGUCUCUCUGUUGCCGAGUUGGGUGCAAUGAUGAGCGCACCCGCCCCGCAGGGCGUUUCGCUUAUCUCCAUCCUACUGUUCCACGUCACGGGUAACCUUGCAAGCCUGCUCGGGACAAUUGGCAAGGGUGGCAAGAUGGUGUUCCAGCGCAAGUGGAAUGUCAAGGAUGCUGUCAAGCUCGUCGUCGACGAGAAGGUCACGACUAUGGGUGGUGUGCCCGCCAUUGCCACAGCGAUCAUCCAGAGCCCCGACCUCCCGAAGGACUACCAGUUCACGGCGGUGAGCUACGGCGGCGCGCCGCCUCCUGAGCGCUUGGCCCGUGACCUUAAGAGCCGCUUCCCGGCCGCGUUCGUCGGCCAGGGCUGGGGCAUGACCGAGACGAAUGCGGUCGUGUGCCACCUCAGUGGGCCCGACUAUAUCGCCAAGCCGACGAGUGUUGGUGCCGCCGUCCCAAUCUGCGACAUUAAGAUUGUCGACCCUGAGACGCGGCGCGAACUGCCGCGCGGGAGUUUUGGUCUGCUCCUCUCUCGCGGCGAGGGAAACAUGCGCGAGUACCUGAACAACCCCAAAGCGACUGCCGAGACAAUCGACGCCGACGGCUACGUCAACACUGGCGACAUGGGUUACAUUGACGAGGAUGGGUGCCUCCACCUCGGCGACCGGAUGAAGGACAUCAUUAUCCGCGGCGGCGAGAAUAUUGCGAGUGCGGAAGUCGAGAACGCUCUCGCCCUCGACGAUAACCUUGCCGAGGUCGCAGCCGUCAGCGUGCCGGACGAUGUACUCGGCGAGCGCGUCGGCGCGAUUGUGUCCCUGGCCCCAGGCGCCAGGACGACCGAAGCCGAGGUCCUCGCGGCCGUGACCCCGCGCCUCCGCUACCCCGCCCGACCUGUCAUCGUCGUUGUCCACCCCGAGCCACUCCCGCGUAACGCAAACGGCAAGAUUAUCAAGACUGACUGCCGCAAGAUUGUGCGCGACAUCUUCGCCACGCGUCCGAAGAUCGAGGCCCCUCCUCGCGCCAAGCUUUAA